AAAUUAGAUUAUAUUAUAAGGGAUUUCAUUUGUUUACAAUGUGUUUAUUAAGAAGUAAUAUAUCUUUCUUCUUUAUACUAUUUAUCACUGUUUAUUGUUCCUAUACGAAACAACAGUUAAGUUACUACGAAGAAGAUAAUAGACCAACAUGUAUAACAGAUAUGGAUUUUCAAAAUGCUAGAUAUGGUAGAGUCUUUAAUGGUCAGAAUGCAAAGAUGAACGAUUUUCGUUUUGUGGUUGCUAUUAUGAUGAAUUAUCAACCGAUUUGCGCAGCGACAUUAAUUACUGAGAGACAUUCGAUGACAGCUGCUCAUUGCUUGUAUGGGGCAAGUUUUUUUAUAGGAUUUAUGACACUGAAUAUCGGAGCUUACGAUCUUCGAACAAAUAAAGAAGUUACAAAUUAUCUUCGAAAAAUUAAGAGAUAUUAUCUGCAUCCCGAAUAUUUAAGCCGUAAUUCUAACAAUGAUAUAUGUAUCAUUGAAUUUUCUCCUCCAGUUCAUCUAGGGAAAGAUUUAAAAGCUAUAGCUUUACCUCCACAAAAUAUUCAACCUAUUCCCUAUACGCCGUGCAUCGUUUGGGGUUGGGGAAGGACUUCCUACAAAGGUAGUACACCUUCUAUUUUGCAGCGAGCUGACCUCAUGAUUGUAUCGAAAGAACGUUGUCAGGAGUCGUCGAGGAUUAGGUCUACAAAGACUGUGAUAUGUGCUGCAGGAAGUAAUGGAGAAAGUCCUUGCAACGGAGAUUCCGGAUCGGCGCUUCUCGUACAAAUUAAUAAUUUUUAUGUUGCUUAUGGAAUUACUUCAUACGGUUCUGCUACGUGUAAAACGAAUAAUUUGCCUGCAUUCUUUACCGAUGUAUCGAAAUAUAUAAACUGGAUAUAUGAUUUGACUAGAGAAGCUGAUUGUAAACCUAGAAUUUAUACCUAGGAGAAGCUCAUACAUCAAACUUUUAUAUAGAAUUCUGCGCGUAAACACGACUAUUGUUCAUAUGAACAAUACGGAGUUCAUAUUAUGUAAAUAGACAUUUUCAUUUCAUAGAUAAUUAUCAUUUAAACAGAUUUAUUUAUUAAUUACUUUACAGCAAGCACCAGCAUUUACUUCAG